AUGCUACGCAAACCGUUUCUACUCAGCACCAGAACUGAUGAUGAAAACGUGGAUUCUGGAGCUGAGACUGCGGGAUCUGACUGCAGCAAAAUGUCAUCUAGUAGCACUGAUCAUAUGUCAGCUCCAGGCCAGGAACCUCUUCUGGUGACAAUGCAUCUACUGGCCAAUCCUGGAGAGUCCCUCCUCCUUCAGCACACACUCGAUCGCCUGCUAAAGUGGAUCUGUCCCGGCCUGCGCCUCUUUCACGUGUCCGAGCGUGCGUGCCCGCUGCGUGACUACUCCCGUGCCCACCUCUCCCCCGUGGCUGGAUACCCUUCCCUCGCUGUGACGCUGUUCUUGCACGAAUCCUACGGCGAGGAACGUAUCCUCAGAGUCCUCGACUUCCUUCAGUGCCCACCGUGGCAGUAUCACCACACCGAGAGCUGUGGGGGGAAGGCGGGAGGCAUUCACAUCAGCUCCACCACCUCCCCGUCUAACGCCCUGCUCAGGCCGUACCUUCUGCCCAGCCGGGACUUCUACAGCCUGGGCACGGGGAUGCCGGUGUGGGGGGUCCGGCCGGUGCACAUCGGAGGUGAGGUGGUGAGGGUGACGCUCCACAGCGGCUACGAUAACUACGAGGACACGGUGCGGCUCUAUGAGACGGUGCUGCAGAAGAGAGCGGAGGAGCAAAAGACGGGUUUCUGUUGGUUCGUCCUGUAUACGGAGAGAGGCCUGAGCUUACAGCUGGCUCUCAAACAGCUGUCGCCCGGCGUCAGGGUCGAGCCGUGCCAUUCCGCCGUGCUGCAGUUCCGCGUGGGUGAGAUCGGCCAGCUGGUGCCCCUGCUGCCCAACCCCUGCUCACCUAUCAGUCCCACCCGCUGGCAGACGGAAGACCUCGAUGGCAACAAGAUCCUAUUCCAGGUAAAAGUACCAGCACAGCCUUCACGACCUUUGACAUCUGCCUUCCAACUGACCUGCCCUAGUCUACCUACCAGAUCCCUGUUAAAGGGCACCACAACCUUACAGCCCCAAUCCAUGUCUCCUAGCAACAGGCUGUCUCAGCUUAAAGAACGGACUCUAGGUCGCCCCCGUGUGGAGGUUCCUGCGGACCGCUCUCCUGGGGGGCAGAAAUUUUGUGUCGUUGGUGUAGAUGCUAUAGGUUCUGAGAGCACUUGCAGCACCCCUCCUGGCAGCUCCUGCUACUCCUCCCAGCGCAGCAGCCCGGCCGCCUUGUCCGUCAACGCUCACGAGCCAACGCCGUCCUCCGAGCAAUCCUCAUCCCACCUCUUUCUGGAGGAGGAGGGGGAGGAGGCGGAGACAAACGUGGACACGGGAUGUACGGUCACUCCUCGAUCUGACAGGCCUGCUGCUGUGGGGGCUUCCUCCCUGGAGACCCUGGCCGGGGAUUUGAAAGGUUGCCUUCCUGAGACAAAUAUACCUGAGGCGCUGAGGACGUGGGCGGGGCCUUCAGCCGGCCUGGAGCACAGAACAGGAUGCAGCCCCAGAGUUUUCAAAGGGAGCAGUCUGGAGGCUGCGGGUAACCUCAGGAUCUCGGAUCAGAGAGGGAUUGAGAAUAAGACUCAACUGGCACAGACUCUUCCUUCAUUCAGUCAGAGUGAGCAACAUACAGGACAAGUGGAUGAGUUUUUCAUUUAA